ACAGAAGACAUCAUUACAUUUUGGUUAAAAACUUAUAAUAAAACAACUAUCUAGUUUAAGAAUUAUAAGAAUUUCGAAUUUGUCUAUCAAUAUUUACGACUUCUUUAAAAAUGAUCUUAAAAAUUAUCUUUUCUGAGUAUAAUUUAUUAUAAUAUACAUACAAUGGAAAGCGCGGCAGCUUCAAUAUUAAAACGAGCAGUAGAAAUGGAUAGCAAUAAACAGUAUACAAUGGCUUUAGUAUUAUAUCAGGAAGGUAUACAAAUAUUACUUGAUUCUAAAAAAGAAACAACAGAUCCAGCUAAGCAAAAGUAUUUUGCUAUCAAGGCAUCAGAAUAUUUGGAUAGAGCAGAAAAAAUAAAAAUUUUAAUUGAAAAAGAAAAGGCAACUGGUACAUACAGAGAAUUAAUUAAAAUUGAAACUGAUAGCAUAGGACAUGGUUAUGGUACUGUUUUUGGAAGAUUUUUAGAUGCAACUGUUACAUAUAUUAAUAUUGAAGAUCCUUAUAUAAGAGCAUUUCAUCAGUGUCAAAAUUUUGUAAGAUUAUGUGAAUUAGCUGUGAGAAAAUGUCAUGCAUUAUCUAAAAUAUCUUUAGUUACAACUCUUGAUCCAGAUGAUAAGAAAAAUCAAAUAGCAAGAUUAAAUGAAUUGAAACAAAGUUUAUCAUCUCAUCUUAUUUCUUUUGAAUUUAAAUUUUCUGAUACUCUUCAUGAUAGACAAAUUAUUUAAAAGAUCUUCAGCUCU